ACUGCCGGUGGUCCUCUCGUGCGCUUGGUGGCGCUAUCACUAUAGACGCUACCGCUUUGUGACGUUCGACGUUGCUGUUUCCGGGCGUUCGACGCGCAUGUAACUUGAAUGACCUCAGACUGCUGCAGAUCCCUCACACGCUUUCUCGCUGGUGCUUUAAGGCAGGCUCGGGUGAAACCGGUAAGGCUGCUGUAAAAAAAAAAAAAAAAAAAAAAACCAGACUUAGGGCUGACUUGCGGCGCACUUACUCCGGCUUUCAGAGGCACAAGGCCUAACGUCCCGUGGGUGACUUGGUGAGGGAAGUGGAUAAUGGCUGGAAUCGAAGAGAUUUCUCCCUCAUCGGGCCCAGUUGAGACCCGGCCCCCCGAAGACGAGAUCGAAGGCGAUGAUGAAGACGACGAGUUAGAUGAAACCCUCGUGGAAAGGCUGUGGGGCCUCACUGAGAUGUUCCCAGAUAGCCUGAGGUCUGCAGCUGAGGUGUCUGUGGACUGUUCUCUUUCUGUGGCCAAGAAGGUGUACAGCUUUACCCGGUCGGCGCUCUGGGUGGGCACCACGUCCUUCAUGAUCCUGGUGCUGCCGGUGGUCUUUGAGACGGAGCGGCUGCAACUGGAGCAGCAGCAGCUACAGCAACAGAGACAGAUCCUGCUUGGACCCAACACUGGGAUGUCUGGUGGGAUGCCUGGAAUGAUGCCUUCAGCUCCGGGGAAGAUGUGACCGUGUCAUCUGUCUGUGAGCAUCCGAGUUGCACGAGGAGAGCGGAGGACUGGAAUGUGGAGCAGCAGAAUCCAGGGACUGGAGAACCAGUAUACACAAGUAUUCCAGUGCCAAGGCUUGGCUUGGGGUGUGUGUGUAUGUUUGGGGGGGGAGGGGGGCAGCGUUAUCUCCUGGCUUGUGGAUUCUGUGAUGGUGAGAUUACCAUCCCUUUUGCAGCCUCUCGUAGAACAUUCUGCAGAGACAGUCCUUUGACCGCUAUCCUUUUAGGUUUCUCUUUUUUUAUAUAUAUAUAUAUAUAAUAGGCGUAUAAAUAUGUACGUGUUUCAGGGGUGGGGUGGGCGGGUAUGAUAUUACUGAUUGGGAGUUGGGGUAGACCGUCUCAUGUUACAUGUGAGUAUGAGUUUGCACAGAAUGAUGAAUAAUGUAAGAACGUCGUUCCACAGAGCUGAGCAUCGUUUGCGUUUGUGAUGCUGCUGUCCGGCCUGCGAGUACCGAGCGAGAGUGUGAGCGCCGUCGCUCUCGUGAGGUGCACAGUCCCUCUAUGUCUAUUUUUCCAGUCUCAUCGAAAAUCGCAUCAAAGCCUUUGUGAGUGAGGAGAUGCACAGGAGCGUAUUUUGUUAAAAUGCGAAGUAUUACGUUAUUUUAUAGUCCUUCUUGUGCAUUAUUAGUACAUGUUACUCACAGUUCUCCAUUUCAGGCUCAGAUCUGUGCCCCCUUGUUCUUGUCUGACGUGACCACAGGAAUAAACAUCCAGAGAAACUGAAA